CCGCCCAAUUCCUCCCGAUUCCAAGACCAGCGCGUCUGAACGCUGAUGAGAAGCAGCACUGAUUAAGCAGAAAAACCCCCAGAAAGGAGUUCUGCGAGCGACUCCCACGAGAAAAGAAACGUCGCACUGUUGGGAAAUUUCAAUGGGAAAAGGACUGUAGUAAUUUUUUGGUCAAAAUGGCACAUCGGCACGUAUGUUUGGACACGGGAAAGUUGCAAGGGACAAUUUGAGAGAGACAGUUCUGGGAUAUCAGUGGAUUCGCUGGAUUUGAUCUGUCCUUAAAGGAGAAGCGCGGUACACUGGAUUUUUACACUGAACUCCGAGAGUUGUAAUGUCUUGAAGCGGUACCCGGACCGUUUGAAGGAUGUACAGUGAGUGCUGAUGGAAACUGCUGCUCCAAUAUGAGUGUUCAUGAUGUUGGCGGGAGACGACGCUUUGAGGACUCUGAGUUCACCCUGCGCAUCUACCCAGGGGUCAUCGCAGAGGGCAGCAUCUACUGCCCCAUCACCGCCCGUAAGAUCACUUCGGCUGCAGAGGUUAUCGAGCAAGUCAUUGAACGCCUCCAGCUAGAUAGGACGAAAUGCUACGUCCUAGCAGAAGUGAAGGAGUUUGGCGGGGAAGAAUGGAUCCUCAACCCAACCGACUGUCCUGUCCAGCGCAUGAUGCUUUGGCCUCGCAUGGCCUUGGAGAACCGCUUCAGCAGUGAGGACUACCGCUUCCUGCUGCGAGAAAAGAAUCUCGAUGGCUCCAUCCACUACGGCAACUUGCAGAUGUGGCUGCAGGUCACAGAAGAGCGGCGGCGCAUGGUGGAGCGGGGCUUCCUGCCGCAGCCCUUGCCGAAGGACUUCGAUGACCUUUGUAACCUGCCGGAUCUUAAUGAGAAGACUCUGCUGGACAACCUGCGCAGUCGCUUCAAACAGGAGAAGAUCUACACCUAUGUGGGCAGCAUCCUCAUAGUCAUCAACCCCUUUAAGUUCCUUCCCAUCUAUAACCCCAAAUAUGUUAAGAUGUACGAUAAUCACCAGCUGGGCAAGCUGGAGCCGCACAUCUAUGCGGUGGCGGACGUGGCCUACCAUGCUAUGCUGCAGAGUAAGCAGAAUCAAUGCAUUGUUAUUUCUGGAGAGAGUGGAUCAGGCAAGACUCAAAGCACCAACUUCCUGAUCCACCAUCUAACGGCUCUAAGUCAGAAAGGCUUUGCUAGUGGGGUUGAGCAGAUCAUUCUGGGUGCCGGACCAGUGCUGGAGGCUUUUGGUAAUGCUAAAACAGCCCAUAAUAACAACUCCAGCCGUUUUGGGAAGUUCAUCCAAGUGAACUAUCAGGAAAGUGGCACAGUUAGAGGGGCAUACGUGGAGAAAUACCUGCUGGAGAAGUCCCGGCUCGUCUAUCAGGAACACAAUGAAAGGAAUUACCAUGUGUUUUACUACCUGCUGGCAGGGGCGAGUGAAGAGGAGAGGACAUUGUUCCACCUCAAAAAGCCUGAAGAAUACCAUUACCUCAAUCAGAUGACAAAGAAACCUCACAGGCUGCACUGGGAAAAUUACUAUGAGAACGAACCGCAGGAUUGCUUCACAGUUGAAGGGGAGGAUCUUAAACAUGACUUUGAGCGCUUGCAACUUGCUAUGGAGAUGGUGGGCUUCCUUCCCGUCACGCGUAAACAGAUUUUCUCUCUGCUGUCAGCUAUCCUUCAUUUAGGGAACAUCCGUUACAAGAAGAAGAUAUACCGGGAAGACUCCAUUGACAUCUGCAAUCCUGAAAUUCUCCCUGUGGUAUCAGAACUGCUUGAGGUCAAGGAAGAAACGCUCUCUGAGGCCUUGACAACACGGAAAACGGUGACAGUGGGCGAGAAGCUGAUAGUCCCAUACAAGCUGGCUGAGGCUGGGACGGUACGGGACUCCAUGGCUAAGUCUCUCUACAGUGCCCUUUUUGACUGGAUUGUGUUCCGGAUCAAUCAUGCCCUGCUCAACCAAAGAGACUUGGAAGAAUCGGCCAAGAUCCUGUCCAUCGGGGUUCUCGAUAUCUUUGGCUUUGAAGACUACGAGAACAACAGCUUUGAGCAAUUCUGCAUCAACUUCGCCAACGAGAGACUCCAGCACUAUUUUAACCAGCACAUUUUUAAGCUGGAACAGGAAGAGUAUAGAUCAGAAGACAUUACUUGGCACAACAUUGAUUACAUCGAUAACACUGGUUGCAUUAACCUCAUCAGCAAGAAGCCCACAGCACUACUCCAUCUACUGGAUGAGGAAUGCAACUUUCCACAGGCCACCAAUCAGACCCUUCUGGACAAGUUCAAGAGGCAGCAUGAGGGAAACCGCUAUAUUGAGUUUCCUGCAGUUAUGGAGCCGGCCUUCAUCAUUAAACACUAUGCAGGGAAAGUCAAAUAUGGAGUGAAGGACUUCAGAGAGAAGAACACGGACCACAUGCGGCCGGACAUUGUCGCGCUUCUCAAGAGCAGUAAGAACGCCUUCAUCUGUGGUCUGAUCGGUAUUCAUCCAGUGGCCACCUUCCGCUGGGCUGUACUCAGAGCCUAUUUCAGAGCCAUGGUAGCCUUCAGGGACGCUGGGAAGAGACAUGUGGAGAAGCGCAGCGGGCAUGACGCUGCUGCUCCAGUUGUGAAAAGUGUGGAUAGCUUUAGUUAUCUGCAUCACCCUGUGCAUCAGAGAAGCUUAGAGAUCCUGCAGAGGUGCAAAGAGGAGAAAUACAGUGUGAACAGGAGGAAUCCUCGCACUCCACUGUCUGAUCUGCAGGGAAGCAACACACUCAAUCAGCGAGAGGGAUGGAAUGGGCGUCCUGGGAGGCAAAACCGUCUUUCCUCUGCUGGAUCCUUGAGUGAAGAUGAAGGCAUCUUCGUCAACUCCACCAGCAGUAAACUCCUGGAGCGAGCCCACGGCAUCCUUAUGAGAAAUAAAAACUAUAAAAUGAAGCCCAGUCUUCCAAAGCACUUACUGGAUGUCAAGUCUCUGAAGUACUUGAGUAACCUGACGUUACACGAUCGCAUCACAAAGUCCCUGCUUCACCUCCACAAGAAAAAGAAACCCCCGAGUAUCAGUGCCCAGUUCCAGGCCUCUCUCAACAAACUGAUGGAGACGCUGGGUCAGUCAGAGCCAUACUUUGUGAAGUGCAUACGAUCGAAUGCCGAAAAGCUCCCUCUGCGUUUUAAUGAUGCCCUGGUGCUGAGACAGCUUCGUUACACAGGCAUGCUGGAAACCGUGCGUAUCCGACAAUCUGGCUACAGUAUCAAGUACUCUUUUCAGGACUUUGUUCGACACUUCCAUGUGCUGUUACCAGAGGGUUCCAACCAGGCCAGCCAGGAAGCUAUCAGACGGUACCUGCACCAGGUGGAUCUCACUCCUGAAGGGUUCCAAGUGGGCCGUACCAUGGUGUUCCUCCGUGAAACAGAGCGUCAGCGGCUACAAGACCUGCUCCAUCAGGAGGUGCUGCGUAGAAUCAUUCAUCUUCAGCGACGUUACAGAGCUCUUCUGGAGAGAAGAAACUUCCUCAGAAUGAGACAAGCUGCUUCUCAGAUACAGAACUGGUGGAGGAGCUGUCAGUCUCCACAGAGGGACAGCAGGUUUGAGUAUGUCCAGCAGGAGGCAGCGGUUUGUAUCCAGUCGGCCUGGAGAGGCUUUACAGAGAGGCGCAGACUCCUGCUGUGGAGGGAGGCAGCCGUGGUGAUCCAGAGAAAUUGGAGGCUGUAUUGGCGGGGGCGGGCAGCCCUCCGGAUCCAGACUGCUUGGAGAAGACACAGGGCCAGAGAGCUCUACCUCCAGCAGCGGGAUAUCACCAUCCGCCUGCAAGCAGCAGGUAGAGGCUAUCUGGCAAGGCAGAGAUUUAGGGAACUUAAAGAGCAGAGAUUAAAAUCCACUCAGCUGUCAAAUGGAGAGACCAGGCUGUUACCAGAAGAGGGCAAUCUGAGAGACAUGGGUUUGGAUCAAAGGAAAUGGGAAGACUCCAGCGAGGUGCAGGGCGGGAACAAACAGACCCUCAUUGGUGAAGUAGAGGGGCCUGGAGAAGAUGUUUUGGAAGAGCUGGUGCCAAAGAUGACAGAGGGUACCGCAACAGUACAACCGGCAUCUGAAGUGACAAUCCGAGAAAGACCACAGACUCUAGAGGAUCCCAACCAGAGGACCCGGGCCAAACGGGAGAGUCGGCGGAUGCGAGAGUUGGAGCAGGCCAAAUUCAGCUUGGAGCUUCUUAAGGUGCGCUCCUCUGGAAGCAUGUCUCCUUCAGAAGAAAGGCGCUGGUCAAUGGAGCUGGUCAGCGAGAUCCCUCACACUCCUCAGGGUACUCCAGACAGCCAGAGCUCCAAGGGCAGCUUUGAGCUACUCAAUAUAGAUGACUAUUUCAAAGACAAGGCACCUUGUGCCGAACCAGAGGACCUUGGUUCUCCUUCUGUACCUGACAAGCACAAUGUGUUCUCCAACAUUUCCGAGUCCACUUUGCCCUCUGACACUCCAGCACCUGAUAUGAUGUCAAAACCAACUGGCCAACCUGAACCUCCCAAAAUGCAGAAUUCGCUCCCAACUUUCUACUCCCCUCCCUUAGAAAGCAGCUCUCUAAUAAAGUCCACCAUAAAUUCUGCCACCCCUUGCCCUGAUGGCCUCAAAAAACCUAUAAAAGACAGGAAGGAGUCCACUCGGAGACCUAUGGUUGUGGUUAUUAGUAUGCAGAAGGAAAGCCCUUUAAAUGAAGCAGAUGUGAAGCCUCCGGAGGUCAAAGACAGUGCCGCCCAGACUAGCGAGCCACCAAGCCCAGCACAGCCUAGCAGCGAAAGCCUUUAUGUUCUGGAAAAGCUAGAGAAGCUUAAUGAGCAAAAGGAAGAGCGUCAGAAGCAUCAGCAGCAGCUAACUGAAAAAGAGUUGAUGGAGCAGAUCCGUCUGCAGAAGCACAUCCUGCAAAAAGAACGUGAGCAUAAUGCCCAACAUGAGAGAGAGAGGUAUGAGAAGCAAAGGAUUGAAGCUCUGCAAAGGAUCGAGCAGAGUAGGCAAGAAGGUUCAGGAGGAAAGCCAGAUAGAUUCUUCACAGACAGAGGCCCUGCUCCCUUAGCUCAGCCUGAGCCUGACCUCAGCUCCCAGCCACUGGUCCCGGAAAAGGAAGCGGCUCCUUCCAUUUUCAGAGGCCAACCAAAAGAUAGCCGCAGUGUAGCAGAAGGGUGGGCACCGAAGUUGACUCUGGAAUCCAGAGGGGAUGAGGCCAGAAGGAGAAUAAAUAUGAAACCGUCCACUCAGAAUGUCAACAUAAACAUGUCCGAGAGGCCUGGAAACAUGUUCUUUUCUCCGAAGGCCAAGGUUUCAAAGUUGGAUAAGGACUUGGCCAAUCAAGGGAAAACCGCAGGAGUCCAGAAUGAAGUGAGCCUCUUGAGUUACAAAUCCGCUAAGAGUGAGGUUGGCCGACCAGGUCAUAAAAAAGCCCGAAUGGCACGGACACGUUCAGACUUCAUGACCCGUGGUUCAAACACCAUGGGAGAGGGGGAGUCAGAGGAGGAGGAGUAUGAUGAGACCCCUCUGUCUCCUGGCACACCCCUCCCCAAGCAGGGCUCAGAGGAGAGCACACUAGAGGCUUGUCACAGUGACUCCGAAAUGCUGGCCACAGUCAAUGAAGAGCAGAAGAACAUGUAUAAAACCAUCUCAUCUGGAGAGCUGGGCAAAAGUGAUGCGAGGAAGAAUUCUCAUGGAGAUGGAAGGGUUCGCACUAAAAUGCGGUUUUGGGGAAAGGCAAGGCAUGGAGAGAAGAAAACCUCACGAGAACGGCUGUUGUGUGGCAGUGAUACUUUGGAAGGAGACUAUGCUGAAACAGCACUUCUAAUGGAAGAAGGGGUAGAGCGUCUGACCCCUCCUCAAAGCCCAGACCUAAUGUUACAGAGGGAGUUUAAAGAGAAUAAAGAUCCAUCCCCCAAAGUGAAGCGCAGACGUAGUGUGAAGAUCAGCAAUGUUGCUCUGGAGCCCGUCCAGUGGCAGAACGAUGCCCUGCAGAUACUCACAUGUGCCAGUGACUACAGGAGCAUGAAUGACUUCCUCAUGAAGAAGAUUACUGAUUUAGACACAGAAGAUGGUAAGAAAGACACCAUGGUGGAUGUUGUCUUCAAAAAGGCACUAAAGGAGUUCCGCUUAAAUAUCUUCAACUCGUACUCAACAGCUUUAGCUAUGGAUGAUGGGAAAAGCAUUCGUUAUAAGGAUCUCCACGCCCUCUUUGAGCAAAUCCUGGAGAAAAACAUGCGUCAGGAGCAGAGGGACUGGAGCGAGUCACCAGUGAAAGUUUGGGUCAACACCUUCAAAGUCUUCCUGGAUGAGUUCAUGACGGAGCACAAACCUCUGGACAGCAGUAUGAGCAGGGCACCCAAACCAGACCGCAAGAAAAGAAGGAAGAAGGAUACUGAUAUAGUGGAGGAACACAACGGCCACAUAUUCAAGUCAACACAGUACAGUAUUCCCACCUACUGCGAGUACUGCUCCUCCCUCAUCUGGAUGAUGGACAAGGCGUGUGUCUGCAAACUGUGCCGAUAUGCGUGUCACAGAAAGUGCUGUCAGAAGAUGACCACCAAAUGCAGCAAGAAGUAUGACCCUGAACUCUCGUCAAGGCAGUUUGGUGUGGAAUUGUCCCGUCUGACCAACGAUGAGCGAGCGGUGCCUUUAGUCGUCGAGAAACUUAUUAAUUACAUUGAGAUGCAUGGCCUGUACACAGAAGGGAUCUACAGGAAGUCUGGAUCCACCAAUAAGAUUAAGGAGCUGAAACAGGGUCUGGACACAGAUGUAAACAGCGUGAGUCUGGACGACUAUAAUAUUAAUGUCAUUGCCAGCGUUUUCAAGCAGUGGUUACGUGACUUGCCUAAUCCUCUGAUGACCUUUGAACUGUAUGAGGAAUUCCUGCGGGCCAUGGGUCUUCAAGACAAGAAAGAAGCGAUUCGGGGGGUUUACUCUAUAAUCGACCAGCUCAGCAGAACUCAUCUGAACACUCUGGAGCGCCUUAUUUUCCAUCUGGUCAGGAUUGCCCUGCAGGAGGAAACAAACCGCAUGUCUGCUAAUGCACUGGCUAUCGUGUUUGCCCCCUGUAUCCUGCGCUGUCCUGACACUACCGACCCUCUGCGGAGCGUUCAGGACAUUGGAAAAACCACAGCGUGUGUCGAGCUGAUCAUUUGCGAGCAGAUGAAUAAGUAUAAGGCCAGACUGAAGGACAUCAGCACUCUGGAAUUUGCGGAGAACAAAGCCAAGAUCCGACUAACAUUCAUCCGCAGGUCCAUGAAACCCGUAAUAAUUGCUGUUAGAUUUAUGAGCAUAACCCGCAGUGCUGCGGCGGGUAAGGGCCAGGUGCACAGGUUGAGGUAUCACUUACCGUCUCCUCCAGUGAGUCCUCGGUCUUCAGCCGCCCCAGAGGUGAUGCAGGAGAGCGGUGAUGAGGAAGCCAGCAGAGAUACAGAAAUCUCGGAGCAACAACAAGUCGCCAUGCUGCAGGAAGAGAAAGUCCUGACUGAACAAAUCGAGAGUCUGCAGAAAGAGAAGGAGGAGCUGACGUUUGAGAUGCUUGCUUUGGAGCCGCGGGCAUCUGAUGAUGAAACUCUGGAGUCAGAGGCCUCUAUAGGCACCGCAGACAGCUCUGAAAACCUGAAUCUGGACUCUGAGGGAGCCACUUCGGACUUCUCUGAGCGAGGCCCAGCGCUGGCCGCCUUGAGGCCAAAGAAGUCAGAGGCAAAGAGCAGGAGGGUUCUGCGAAGGCAGCCUGAAUCCCUGGACUCCAUAGAAUCCAGUUCUACAAUCUCCUCUGUUUCGUCUUCCUAUAUGCAGCCACUUGCACGAGCCCAUAAAUUACGUUUGCGCUCCAAAUCACCUUCGACACAAUUAUAUCUAUCCAGCGCCCCCGACAGCCUGGACCGGCCCGAGCAGGACGGAGAGGAGAGGGCGCAGUUCACCAGCCGUGGCACCUUCAAUCCAGAAAAAUCCAAACAGCGCCUGCAGGGUGCCAAGGUCUCACCUCAGAGGCACCGUGACCCUCUGAUGGGCGGAGGGCAGAAGAGAGAUCCAGACCUGCCCCCCCAGCAGGUGGUGGUGUACGGCAGCAACGAGUUCAUGGUAUGAAGGCCACAAGGCUCCACGUCCAUCCACGGAAAACAGCUCAUCCCUCCCUGCUAGCUCACCCGAGUUCACAUUCGCUGCAUUAUAGUCCUUAAGUGCCAUGUUGACAGAAAAAAGCAGGAAGAGAGAGCUAGGAGGCUUUCUGAUCUGCAUGUGAGAAAGCUGAAAGCAGGGCAAAGGGAAUGCUGAACCAUUCCUAUCCGGAAUGUUCUCCUUUGGGCUCCGUGACUGUGACCGGGCUCCAAAUUCGGGAGACGAAGCCAUUGAUGAACUCCACCAAUUCAAGCUAAACCAUGAGCUGCUUUAACGUUUACAGCAUUCUCUCCCAUGUAUUUGCCCCCAAGCCUAUUUAAUAAAUUUUAUUUACAUGGAACAUAUAAAUCUAUAUAAAUAUAUUAUGUGAUAUAAAGUGUACAAAGCCAGAGCACCAGUGAUUGCUGGGUUGAUGAAUUCAUGUAUAUUAUAUUGUGUAUCGGUCAUGAAUGAGUUGGAGAGAGAAGUGAGGAUGUGAGUGUGUCUUGUCAGAAAACCUCUGGAUGUGUUCGUGCUGCUUUUUGUCUUGUGCUUGGAGGGAAAUGAUGCCAUUAAAGGGACCAAGCAAACUGGUGUUAAAAUGCCAGAGGAUCCCACACUAAAUGAAGACUCCAAAAGUCUUCCCAAACACCACAUAGUGUAUUAUGUCAACAGUUUUUUGUGCUUAUCUGCCUCAGUCUUGUUUAAAGAAACCAGUGUUAAAACACAAAAAUGCAGAGUUACUGGAUUACUAUUGCUAAAGGUAUUCUAAAUGGAAUCAUUCGGAAUCUUAGGAUCAUCCGUGCCCUGCAAACACUAGAUUCCUCUUGCUAGAAAAUGACUUAAAUAUGACUUAAUAUAUUACCAAAUGGUCUCUUCUGUCUGUAUAUAUACUCUCAUGCGAUAUUUCCCUUUUAUUCCUAAAUAUUUAAUUAUUAAAUUAAACCUAGCUGUAAAAAUCCACACAAGUGCAUUUUGGAAGGCUAUGCUUCGUUUCGAUCCACAGCUCUCAUUCAACUGCUGUAUUAGCAGUGUUGCCCUCAGAGAGAUUCUGAUAUCUCUCCAUCAUUAGUUAUUGAUAUCAGGAAGCUGAAAUGAUCAAAAGCAGUUAUUUUACUUGUGCCACCAGCAAAAUAUUUCUCUGUCUAGACCAUUUGUCCUUUCUUUGUCACUGUGGUUUGAUCCAGAUCAAUUUGUCACCGUCAUGUUAAACUGUGAUUAUAUCCGGUAACAUGGCUUGGUAAAGGUUUCUAAAUGUGAUGGUGUUUGGCAAAGGCUGUGAACGUCUGUGGACAUAAAACACAUGACAUCAAUCUCAGACUGUUAAUUUAUAUUGUGCUGUACAGGGUCACACCGCCUGCAGGAUUGAGCAAACAGCUGUCUGGCCUCAGAUCUGUUUUAUGUUAUGUGGAGUCGUGUUGAACAAAUAUUUCUUAUGAAAGAGAAAAAAAAAGUCAAUGGUUGUAAAAUAAAUCACACAUUUUGAACAAAUAAGAACUGUUUUGGUGAAGUAAA